GGAGAGGACGAGGCGCGGUGGUGGGCCGGGCACAUCGGGCCCGGGGUUGGUCAGCGGUGGGCUGAGUGACGCGCUGGCCCGGCGGGCCUCGGAUCUUAGGGGCGCUGUCCCUAGCGGGACCGGAUGGGAGCGCGGAUUCCGCGCCUGUGGGCUGCGGGCCGGGGCCUUGGGGGUGCGUGCCUGUGUCGGGAGUGCAGUCUGGAGGGACGCCAGACUCCUGCUUAACAAACAAGUAACCGAUGCUAAGUCCCAGCCUUCCCUCCCCGCCCCUUGUGGAGCCCUGCCGGCGCGAUGGUUAACGGUUCGGCUGCGGGAACCCACUAGCAGCUUCAUGGGAAAAAAAGACCUGGAGAUCGUGCUCCCAUAAAGACUGUUGUCGUGUGGCGCGGAGCCGAUUCUGCCUCGUAAUGACACUAUAGGACAGGGUAGAAUUGCCUUCUAGGCUUUCCAAGGCUGUAAAGGUUUAGGAAGCCGACUGCCGCCAUCUUUAUCCCUUGGAACGGCUGGUGGGUACUAACCCCCGACCUUUCGGUUGGCAGCCGAGCGCUUAACCGCUGCGCCGCUAGGGCACCUCCAGGUAAAGAUGACAGCGUAGGAAACCCUAUGGAGCAGUCCAGCGCUGUCCUGUAUGGUCGCUGUGAGUCGGAAUCAACUCCAAGGCACACAGGAACAGUGCUCCUUUGCUCCUGUGAGGUGUUUACAAUUCCCUGUGAGCUUUCAAGUGACUUUUAGCGGUUCCCUUUUGGAUUGGGGAGGUGAUUCUGGGAACCUCUGUGCUGGUUCAGGCUUCCAUCACACCACGCAGGAGAUGUUGCAAGAGCCCCCCAUUUGAUCUCCCCGCCUUCAGUUGGACCUCUGUUUCUGUCACUUCCCUCUUCUUUGCGACCCCAUCCCUUCUCCAGAUCGCAGGUAAAGCAAGUUUGAGUAGCAUUACCGUUUACCCGCACAAGUUCUGUCCCUGUCAGCAGCCCCGUCGUUUGUCAGUGAUCUGUGCUGUUCACAUACAGUGGGUGCUCCAUAGAUGUUUGUGAAACGAGGCAGUAUGUGAGAUUACCCAAGGAGAUAAAGCAAGUUCACGAUUGGCCACUAAAAAGCUACACACCGUGAAACAGUGUGGUGGUGUCCGAGAAGUGCAAGAGAAGAUACAGGGCUGAAUUCCCAGGCCUGCUGCCACGUGUCCUUAGGCAAAGACCUUGACCUGUAAGAAACCAGUUGCCCUCCAGUAGAUUCUGACUCAAGACAACCCUAUGUGUGUCAGGGUAGAACUGCGCUCCCUUGGGUUUUCAGCGACAAAUUUUCCGGGAGUCAGUCUCCAGGCCUUUCUUCCAAGGUGCUUCUGAGUGGACUCCGAUCUUUUGGCUAGCCGCCAAGCUGUUAGCUAUCUGAACCACCCAGGGACCCGUCACCUGCGAUGGCGAUGAAGAAUCGCUGGUUCAGGGGCUUACUGCUGUUGGACGUUCUCUCGUUUAGCCUUCGGAGUUCUCUCGGGCUGUUUGAACAAUUUAACCUAAAACAUGGAUAUCAGACCAAAUCAUACAAUUUAUAUCAACAAUAUGAAUGACAAAAUUAAAAAAGAGGAAUUGAAGCGAUCCUUAUACGCCCUGUUUUCUCAGUUUGGUCAUGUGGUAGAUAUUGUGGCUUUAAAGACUAUGAAGAUGAGGGGACAGGCCUUUGUAAUAUUUAAAGAGCUGGGCUCAUCCACAAAUGCCUUGAGACAGUUACAAGGAUUUCCAUUUUAUGGCAAACCAAUGCGAAUCCAGUAUGCAAAAACAGAUUCAGAUAUAAUAUCUAAAAUGCGUGGUACAUUUGCUGAUAAAGAAAAGAAAAAAGAAAAGAAAAAAGCCAAAACUGUGGAACAGACUGCAGCAACCACAAACAAAAAGCCUGGUCAGGGAACACCAAAUUCAGCUAAUGCUCAAGGGAAUUCAACACCAAGCCCUCAGGUCCCUGAUUACCCUCCAAACUAUAUUUUAUUCCUUAAUAACUUACCAGAAGAGACUAAUGAGAUGAUGCUAUCCAUGCUGUUUAAUCAGUUCCCUGGUUUUAAGGAAGUACGCUUGGUGCCUGGGAGGCAUGACAUUGCUUUUGUUGAAUUUGAAAACGAUGGGCAGGCCGGAGCCGCCAGGGAUGCUUUGCAAGGAUUUAAGAUCACGCCAUCUCAUGCCAUGAAAAUCACCUAUGCCAAGAAAUAACAUUUGGGAUAGUCUUUAAAGGACUUGGCUUUAUUUAUUAUGUUUGUUUUGGUAACAUUUGGUGAGGCCAUUUUAUAGUUGGGGACAGGGGGAUAGUGAAAGUAGACAUAUGUGGGGACUUAAUUAUCUAGUCCUUCUUUAGCCUUAGUGACUGUGAAAUACGAAGGCCUUAAUUUUGUACAAUAAACUUAUUUGUAUUCUA